UUCGACGAAUUUAUCACUUUUAUGAAUUUAUCAACUUUUUGUGAAAAGGGAUUUUAUCCAUCAAUGAAGCCUACUUUGAACUUUUUGCUUUUAUCUUUGUGAUUUUUUACUUUUCUUCCUUGCUCUACCUUCAUCUUCGACUCCAUUGACAAGAUGGGAAUUGCAGAUCUGUGGAAGCUGCUCGCUCCCAGUGAAAAGUCGAUUACUUUAGAGGAGUUGGCCAACGACUACCAUUCCAAGCAUCGUGGCAAAAGAGGAUUACGCGUAGCCAUUGACGUAGCUUUAUGGAUUUUUCAGUCUCGCGCAAGCGUAGUAGGCGAUCAAAGUGAACUACGUACUUUAUUUUUUCGCUUUUGCCGGCUUUACGAGUUAGGUAUUCGCCCUGUAUUCGUAUUCGAUGGCCCCGACCGCCCUAGCUACAAACGAAACAAUUUCAUCAACACAAUACCUAUUGAUAGUGAGUAUCGACGUAACCUAGUUACAAUGAUAGACCUUUUCGGCUUUGCCCAAUGGACAGCCUAUGGAGAAGCAGAAGCAGAAUGUGCCUUGUUGCAGAGGUUGGGCUUUGUAGAUUUUGUAUUGACGGGGGACAGCGAUAUAUUCUUGUUUGGCGCAAAGAGAAUCAUUAGGCAGUGGCCUCAAAAACGGCAGCAGCCUAUACCGUGUUACGAUAUAACAUGGAUUUCAGAUACCCUGGGUUUGGAUCGCUCUGAUUUGAUUUUGAUUGCCUUGCUACGUGGAUCGGAUUACGACACAAGCGGAACAUCCGGCAUAGGUGUCAAAGUAGCAGCUCAGUUGGCCAAAUGUCACUAUCACAGAGAAUUGAUGGAUGAUAUACAGUUAGCAGGCCGAGAUACUCCAUUAGAUGAAGAGCGGGUCCAACAUCUGUUUGAUAACCUGACGUAUGAGUUACAACAUAACGGCACAAGAAAUUUAACGAGAAAAUACCCCAAUAUGGUGCUUGAUCCACGCUUCCCAGACUUUUCCAUUAUCAUUGAUUUUAUCCAUCCAUUAACGAACAUUGGUGACAAUAAGAAUACUGCCAUCUUGAAAGAUGUAAAGAAGCUUCAGGACAUUCUCAAUGCCUAUCUGGAACCUCAUUGGCUUUACUUGGCCCCUUUUCUACAAACUGCUUUCAGAUGGCCGGCAGAAUACACUUUGAAACGUCUUUCAAAGUUGCUAUUUCCCGGUUAUAUGACACAACAACUGAAGCUUCAACAACCCAGCAGUCAAUCCUUUAUGAUCAAGCAGACGGGCAAAAACAAAAUAUUGAGCGUCAAUGACAAAGAUCAUAUACAUACCCAAAGGAGAAUGAACGAUUAUUUCAGUUCAAGUCAGGAAGCAGCAGUAAUGGAUACCAAACAACAACAACAACAACACCAUGCUCAAACGCAAAAGAAAUUCACGAGAAACAGAAAGUUCGAGAUGAUAGUGCGAAUCACGAACAGUAAAGCAAUUUACAACAAUAGUCUAAAAUUGUACCGAGUUGAAUGGAAUAAGCUGUGUUGGCAUGAAUUUCUCGAGAAAAUCAGACCUAGAUUAGAUACAAUUACAUUUGAAAAGGAAACAGUGAUGAUGGAUAGUCAGCAUGAUGCUGUUGGUAAAGAUGACACUGAGGAAGAGGCGCAAGAAACUGAAGGACAAGCUUAUAAAACUGAGAAAGCAGAGGUUAAUGUUUGGGAAACAAUAAAAAGACAAUGGGUCAAUGCGAUUGCUGUACAUCAAUGUUACCCGAGUAUAGCCAUUGAGUACCAAGGGAAGAGUCUGGAUAGGAAAAGAAGCCAAGCAGCAUCCUCUUCUGCAUUCCAAACUAUGUCUUCACAUCAGCAACAAUCCACAUUAGAUUCCUUUUUAAUUUUACCCAACAAGCGCAGACGUCCAACAUCUACAUCGUGACGCUACCCCCCACUAAUGUAAUAUCAUUGUUAAUAGUCAUACCAUUCUAAUUCAUAUUUAAUUGUUGAUAAGCCAGACAUAAUCACUACAAAUACCCAUGCUUAAGCACAAUAGCAAGAGUUUUUACUAUUUCAAUAAAAGAUGCUCCCAACAUA